GCUAUGGUAUUGGAGGAGGUACCUUCAGACAGUUUUCUCCGCUGUUUGUCUCUGGUGGAGGAUCUGGUUUCAGACACCUGUCGACUGUGGGUCCGAACGGUGCGCUGCGAGGCUCUCCGGCGUUUGCUGCUAUUUACGUGAGGCCGUUUUUAUUCUGAAGGAGGGAAUGGAUCCGAGCAAAGAAAAAUCAGCAGUUAGAUGAUAGUGGCUUGAGGGGAUGCCUGGGUCAUGGGCACACAGCACGAGGAGAACAAGCAGACGAGCGGAGAUGACGAUGCAUCUCAACAGGACGCAGCCAGUAUCGCAGACGUGUCGGUGGAGCUGGCCACCGUGGACCACACUCUGCAGAAGCUGCGCAGGAAGUACAGGAAGACCAGGCGGAAGCCAAAGGGGAUCCAGAAGCUGUGGGUCCGUCUGCUGAACGUCCCACACCUGGCUGUCAUCAUCACGGCCGUGGUGUUUGUGGUGGUGGUGAUCAUGUGGUCGCUGCUGUGGGUCUUCAUAUUUCGCAGGGAAAGUAACAGCGGAGUGUAUUUUGCCGGGAUGCUCCGCGUUGCCAACGUGGAGUUCAUCCCAGAGUACCGCCAGGCAGAGUCCCAUGAGUUUGUGUCCAUGGCAAACAAAGUACAACACGUGGUGAGCAACGUGUACAAGAUGUCCUCGGUUUCCAGACUCUACAAGCAGGCCGUGAUUUCAGACCUCAGCAACAACAAAGAGGGCGGUGUGUUGGUGCAUUUCUGGAUGGUGUUCGUAGUCCCUCAUCUAAAGAGCUCAGCAAUGUGUGAGGAGUGCAUAGGGGCUAUUCUAAGGGACUCGAUCCACACCAGCCUGCAGAACAGGUCUUCCGUCGGCUACCUGUCGGGCCUCCCGGUCGAUAUAGACUCCGUCCUCAUCAAUGGGGCUCAGCGCUCAGAUUAUACAUCAAAUACAGCAGGCACACAGUGCGUGGAUAAGAUGUACGCCAACCUUCCCGGAGCGAGGGUCCCCUUAAACGUCUUCUCCUCGUGGGGUGGUGUGAACUGCCACGUGAAGCUCACCUCCGUCCCCGGCUCCCUCAUCCGCCUGACCGUCGGCUCGUUCCUCAUCGAGCCCAGUGGGUGCGUGAACGACGCCCUCACCGUGUACGACGCUCUGCUGCCCAUGAGGGGGCGCAUUCUGCACAGGCUGUGUGAGCCGGUGUCCGCCUCCGUCUCCAUCGUCUCUACCUCCAAUGUCAUGUUGCUGUCCUUCAGAAUGACUAAUGGCAACAAGAGCUUCAGAGGACACUUUGAUGCCAUCGCUGAGGAAAUAUGUAUGUCUCAAAUUGAGACCCAUUUAGAGCCUGAAGUCACAGGUCAAAUCUACAGCCCCUUCUACCCCAGCCUCCUGCCACCACAGUGCUCCUGUACCUGGAUGUUUGAGACCCCUAACACGGCUUUGGGCGUCGCGCUUCAGUUCCACAACUACGUUCUGAAACCGAAGGACAUAAGGGGCUGUGAACACGGCUGGUGGAGGGUCAAUGAAGACAUUUUCUGUGGCAGCUACGUGGGACACCGCACGGUGUUUCGGAUCGCUGACCACAGCCCGGAGGUGGAGUUUCGCUGCAGCUCACGUAACUCAGUUCAGCCUUUUCAGGCGACUUACAGCAGCUACAAUAUCAGCCAACCCUGUCCAGAGAGCCACUUCUUGUGCAAUACAGGUCUGUGUGUGGAGAAGAGCCGACGUUGCGACGGCCUGGACGACUGCCAGGAUGAGAGCGACGAGGUUCUGUGCUCGAGGCCCACAAUGAACUGUGGCGGCAGCAGCCCCCUGCACCCUUUGUUCGUGUGCAACGGAGAGGCGGACUGUCGCGACGGAAUCGACGAAAUCAACUGCACGCAGGAAACAACCUGCUCUGCAAUCAGGUAUCGGUGCGGAAGUGGCUCCUGCAUCCUGAAGAAGAAUGCAAAGUGUGACGGUGUCCAUGACUGCGCUGACCUUAGUGAUGAGGAAGACUGUGCCUGUGGUCGUCCGUCCCUGCCGAAGGUGAGUUCAGCCCCUGGAGCUGAGCGGAUUGUGGGCGGGGCUAACUCUGCGGAGGGGGAGUGGCCGUGGCAAGUCAGCCUUCACUUUGCUGGGAGCCUGUACUGCGGCGCCUCGGUCCUCUCCUCUGAUUGGCUCAUCUCAGCUGCCCACUGCUUCAGCAAAGAAAGGCUGUCUGACCCACGCUUCUGGAGCGCCCACCUCGGCAUGCUGACGCAGGGCAGUGCCAAACACGUAGCGGAGAUCCAGCGGAUCGUGGUGCACGAGUACUACAACGCUGCCACGUUCGACUAUGACAUCGCCCUGCUGCAGCUGAAGAAGUCCUGGCCUCCGUCUCUCAGCCCACUGGUCCAGCCCGUGUGCCUGCCGCCCUCCUCACACGCCGUCACCGACAGCCACCGCUGCUGGGUCACCGGCUGGGGAUACCGAUCUGAGGACGACAAGGUUCUACCCUCGGUGCUGCAGAAAGCUGAGGUGUCCUUAAUGAGCCAGACCGACUGUAAGAAGAGUUACGGCCCCAUCUCGCCGCGCAUGCUGUGUGCCGGCGUCCCCUCAGGAGAGCAGGACGCCUGCAGGGGGGAUUCGGGUGGUCCUCUAUCCUGUCGGGCACCAGGUGGUGGACGCUGGUUCCUGAUCGGGAUCGUCAGCUGGGGGUCCGGUUGCGGCAGACCAAACCUGCCUGGGGUCUACACCAGGGUCAACAAGUUCACCUCUUGGAUCUACAGCCAUAUCAGCUGACAU